GGGGGCGCCGCCGCGCCCUCCGGCCCGCGCCCUCAGCCGCGGCCAUGUCGGAGCUGGCGCUGGAGGAGCUCUCGGCUCUCGCUGCCAUCUACUCCGAGCCGGACGCCUGCGAGGUGCUGGCGGUUUCAGAGACACAUGGAAUCACGUUUAGAAUUCAAAUCAGCAUGAAAGAACUGCUGGAUACAGAUGUAGUUUUAAAGCUGUUAUUUCAUUUACCGGUCAAUUAUCCAUCAACUCUACCAGAUAUUUCUGUUAACUCAGACCAGCUUACAAGGGCCCAAUGUAUGGAUGUGAAAGAUAAAUUACUUGAACAAGCAAAGAAGCAUCUUUCUGAACCCAUGGUACACGACCUGAUUCUUUGGAUACAGCAGCAUCUUAAAUAUGUCAUUAAGGAAUCAGCAACAGUUUGCAAUGAAAAAACUACUUUGUCAAAAGGAACAAGUACAGAGGAUGGUAUCUGGAUGCUCUUUUUGCAUUUAGAUCACAUGAGAGCAAAGGCAAAAUACGUCAAAACUGUGGAAAAAUGGGCUUCAGAUCUAAGGCUGACUGGAAGACUGAUGUUCAUGGGCAAGAUAAUAUUGAUUCUUCUUCAGGGUGACAGGAGCAACAUUAAGGAGUACUUGAUUCUUCAGAAAACUUCUAAGGUAGACGUGGACUCAAGCGGAAAGAAAUGCAGAGAGAAAAUGAUUAGUGUACUGUGUGAGACAAAAGUACAGUCACAGCAUAAAAGGUUUCAGACGUUUGAAGUCAAAGAAUAUUCAACACUGGAUGAGCUACAAAAGGAAUUUGAAACUGCAGGACUUGCAACUCUUUUCUCUGAGUGUGUGCCUCCUCUCUUAAAGUAAAAUUAAAAGAAAACACUGGACUCUUUCACCAAAGCAGUGGUUGACUGCAGAUGUUGAUGGAAGAUAAAAGGACUAAUUUGUCAAACAAAGAUUUUUUGCAAAAAAUGCCAGGAGUAGCUAUCUUCUUGCAAGGAGGAGAAGGCAAUUCGUGCAUUAAGAAUUGUUAUUUUUUUGACAUUUAUGUAUUGAUAACUUUUUCCAAGGAAUAUGGAGUUAAUUGUGAUAAUUGCUUGGCAAGCAUGAGUGAUUUGGAGGAACUCAUGUUCAAAUAAUAGUCUUCUAGUUAGACUCUACUUUGCAAUCCCUGUUUUUCAAUGUUUUGAUUUUUAUCUCCCAUGGUAGUGUUUUUUCAUAAUGGCCUGCUAGAAAGCAUGAUUAAUUUUGCUUUGAAAGCUUAUAUGAAGAUAUUUCUAUAAAAAGCAUAGCAAACACAGAUUUGAAUAUGUGAGGACAGCAUAUACUUAAUAUCCCUUAAGUGUUUGCUAACUUUUUCUUCUCCAUUUAUUUGACUAUAAAUGCUAGACUGUUGAUUUAAAGAAAAAGCUCAUGUCACUUGGGGCCUGAAAAAACUUAGAAGUGUCUUUUUGAAUGUUAGUUUUUAUUCUAAAAUGAAUUUAAAUAGAUUAAAAAGCUAAGGUAAAGCCAAUUGUAAUAUUUUCUUUGAUAGUUUACAGAUUCCUUUCUUCACUUUCUGUGGUUUUACUGUCUGUGCAUCUUUAGAUAUCUUGAUUCAAUUAAACUGUCAGAACAGUAUAUAUAAAGACUUCAGUCUUCUGUCUCUCAAGACUUCUGUCAAGUUCUUCUGUCAUUUGCAAAGCUGGUAAGUUAUAACUCCCUAUUAAAAUUUCCCUACCUUUUAGCAUUUUUUUUGGAUUGGUCAGUGGCCUUGUCCAGUUUAUAAAUUUUUUUAAAUCACUAGUCUGUGUUUUACUUCAGUAUAAUGUUACAAAUUAUAUAUGCUGUUUUGACAAAUUAAGUUGUGUAAGUUCUGUUUGCCUAGGGAGAAUUGGAUACUUAUUUUUUAUAAUUAUUAAUGUUCUUUGUUUUUUAUUGUACUUGAUACCAUUCUCUAGCAAGACUAGAUAAAUUGUCCAGUAGUAAAAAUUUUGAAGUCAUAAGUUUCUCAGUAACUAGCAAUUCCAUUUCGAUUAGUUUUAGCAUGUAACGAAACAUGUGCUUUACUGCUCUCUAAAACUCACUCCCAGAAGCCAAAUGUCUCAUGUAUUCUUUGUUAACUGAACAGAUUUGAUCAAUUCAGUAUAAAUUUAUCUCUAUUGUACUGGGGUAGGACUGGUACAAUUUGGUUAGUUCCCAUAGCGUGGUCUGACAAAUCAUUAUGUAAGACAUUUUGAUUUCCAGUUUCAUACUCAGAGCGUGAGAUCAUACCUCUUUCUUUAUGCAUACUAGAAAGGCAACUAAAGCAAACUGUUAAGAUUUUUAGGUUUUACUAUUUGAGAUAUCAAAUGCAUAAAGGGUUGUAGAGUAUUUGACAGUUUCUUAAGUUUUUGAGUUUGGUAAUUUUCCUAAUGUGGAGUGUCUCAGAUACAUAUGUUGCAUGUUAUUUUAUGCACCAGGGCUUAUUUAACAAGACAGUAGCAAAAGGUCUUCUUAAUGAGUCUUUCAUGUGUAGCACAUACAGUACUUCAGAUGCAGUAGAAAACAGACUGGGUUAAACAGGUUUUACAAAUCUGUUCUAUGUUAUUUUGAAAUGGCUUCCUGAGAGAGAGGAAAUAUAAUUUUCUAUCAUUUUAGGUGCAUGCAGAGGUGAAUUUUUACUUUUAUAGGAAGAAUAAAACAGAAGUAUCUUUAAAAUAUUAAAAUAACAUGUAAUUUAAAUUAUAGUUUUCAAAAUGGAGUUAUUCUCAGUUAAAGUUAUGCUGAAGAAGUGUGUGUCAGUGGAGUAUAGAGUCUUUAAAAGAUGCAGAGGCUCUCUCUUUAUACUGUAUGAUAGAUCUGGCAAGUAUCAAAACCAAGAAAAGGCCUGUACAUGUACAGCAUAAGAAAAUGUUAUCAGUAUCUCCCUGCAAAUCUAAAUGUUGUAAGUUUGUGCCAGAUGGAUUCUAUGUCCUCAGCCAGAUCUUUAAAAUGCUCCACUUUUCUGGAAGGAGAAUAGUAAGGUACGUCAGCACAACCUGUAUCACAAUCUUGGCCAUUAAGGUCUAGCCAGGGCCUUAUCCAACAUGCAUAUAAAUCAGCUGUAUAUGCUUUCUGUUGGUUUUGGGAAUUGGAUUGAAUAGCAUACCUAAUCAUGUGAUCUCAGAUUGUAUGUGACUGGAAAAAUAACUGAGGUGUACAGUUGUUGUGGUCAUCUUUCUUGCAAGAUUAGAUGCAGACUCUCUAACUUUUUCUUUCCUACUAUAAAAGCUACUGUAAUUAGCUGCAUAAGAAAUGCCAUUUGUACGGUCAGUGGUUGUCAGUUGUGCUUGGAUAUAAACUCACAUAUUUUCUUGAAAAUUACUGCCUGAUGCCUUCUUGGUUAACUAUUUGGUCAGAGCUAUCAUUCUGCAACAGCCAAUUAAAAAAAGCAAAAAAGUUUAAGAGCAAAUUAAAAUUGGAUGAGCUGCAGCUCUCUUCUGGUCUGUGCUCAUCUUGCCAAAUAAAGAUAUAAGAAGCUAUAUGGUAUCUGUAUUUCAGGGAUUGUAAAAAGCAGUUUAUACAAUCAAUUUUUAUCAUGGUUGAAUUUGUUACUCACUAACUUACAUUGGACAAAUCAACAAGUCCAGUGUAGGAAAGGACUGCAGUUUUUUUUACUUGGAUUGAUGUACUUCAGGAGAAUUACAAAUAUGAUCAGCUUGAUACUGUUCAGGCAGCAGAGAACAUGAAAACUGAUGUCAGUCUGAUUCUGUCAAAGCAAAUGCUUUUGCCUACCCAUCAAUCAGUCAUUUAUUUUGAAGGGUAGGAGGAUAUCUUGUGUUCAGACAAGUAAACAAUAUUUUUAAAGGUUGUUCUUUUGGAAAGAUGUUGCAGCUGUCUGUUAACUGAUGGUUUAUUUGCAUUUAUUUUAAAAAGAGAUGGGCAAGCCUGUGAGCCCAUGGGGCACAAAAGUCAUCAAAAUGCAUACUGUGGUGCAUAUUCUGCCCUCCAAGGGAACUGAAGCAGACACAGAAGAACAAAAUGCAGGGAAACAAAGUCAAAACUCCUGAGAAUCAUUAAGGAAUGCAUAUCAGUGUCUAAAAAGUUAGUGAAGUGUAUAUAGCUAUCAGAAUCAGACAAUUGAAUUGCAAGGAAAAAGAAAUCCACACAGAAAAAUGGUUUAACGAAUAAGAAGCUAGCUUUCUUGUGGAUGUUUUAUUAUAAAUAGUUCUUCAAACAGCAUGGUUAAUAAAGUCUCAUUUCCGGUGGAAUUUCUUGUUUCUAAACAAUUGCACACAUAAAGCCUUUAUUGCAGAAGAGUCAUUAAUGAUGGCGCUUUCCCAGGUGGGUUCCCCAGUGCCUGAUAUUGAUUGUGCUCUCUGCAUAAAUCAUUAAAAUAUCAAUAGCAUUUUUCUUCUCUGCUAUCUCUUUUAAUCAAAGUCGUAGGAACUUGAUUUCUUUCAGGCUGUUAACCUCUCAUUUAAUUGAAAUGAGUUGAAUUCAAAAGUUCUAGAAGAAUUCGGUAGUAUAAAUACACAUGCUUCCGUAUAGACAGCACAGCUGCAUAACUGUAGUUUCCUUUGAAAAUCAGGCUAAAGUGAAGGCUGCUGCAGUAGGGCUGACUACUUGAAGAAUCAGGUUUUUAGGACAAAACUGAGGUUUGACUGGUCUUUUUGAAUCCCUUGGCUUAUUAAUUGUGAAGACGACAAAAAGAAUGGCUUAAGAAGGAAAGGAAAAUACAUAGAAAUAGGAGCAAAACCCCAACUCCAAUGUCCGCCCUAUGUGAACAGUCGUUUUUACAUUAAUACAUCGCAUCCACAGCAUCCGUUCUAAUCCUGAAGAGACGUGCUCGAUCCGCAGAAGGGUGUGCUAAACCACAGUUGAAUGGAUGCCUUGGGUGGGCAUCCUUCACUCUCUAGAAGAGAUGGCACUGCCUGUGUCAGGCAGGUUUGUUGGUGAACAGCACACGUUCACUUUUUCUGCCUCUCAUAUAAUCCAUGAGUGUCAUAUGUCUGCAUUUGCUGUGAUAUGAGGAGAAGGUUGGUCUGGUCAUCUGAGGAGCACUUCUCUCCCAUUACCCUUUGUGCAGCAAGUGUAAACUGAAGUAACGAGAAGGGCAACACGUGAUCCAGAUAAUUUUUACUAUGACAUGUAAUGUUAGGUCUUGCUACAUAUGUAUUCUGUUACUACGGUAGAGUAGUGAUGUCUGUGGAAACAAGGUCAUCAAAGUGCUAACAGAUAAAAUUACUCAAUUCUGCAAGAAAUCAAUCUUUCUACAGUUUUGUUUCUUAGACUCGUUACUGACCUGCCAUUGUGACCAAGGUCUGUGGAUAAAACCACCUCUGUCUUGGUAGAGGGAGCAGAAAGAAUAAAAUUCCCUUAUUUUCUGUAUUAAUCUUUCAAGGCAUUAUUUAUAGCAUUAAUAUGUACUAUUUAUAUUUAAGGCUUUUAUUAUUGUCUCUUGAAAAGAAACCUUUAUGAGCGGCACAUACUGUGAACUAGCCUACUGUUCAGAAUAGCAUGGCUUCAGGGGAAGGAAUGCGAAGUUCCAGAGGAGGGAAAUACUUUUAAUGGGGGACAUCGUCAGUAUUGGGAAUUCACCAGCUUUUUUUACUUACUCAGUCUCAUUAAGAUUGUAAUUCUUGCACGCUGCCUGCCCCCAAUUUGUUAUUUGUUGUUACAAGGAGGUUGAGACACUAUAAGAACUCAUGAAAAUCCUUGACAUAAUCAAUUAAAAAAAAAUUGAAAGUAGAUUUGAUUGUUUUGUGAAUAAGGCUAAUUUUUUUGGUUUUGUAGUUCUAUCUCAUUUUCCUAUAAUAAGACUGUCUCUUAUUUCUGUGUGAAUGGCCCACAAAACCCACUGAGAUUAGUAUAAAUUAUAUGCAGCAGUACUGUAAUGAGCUUAAAGAAACUUCAUAGUGGAAAAAUGUUUUGUUUACAUUGUUUCUUUUAAAAAUAGUUUAAUAAACCCUACAUAUGGAUGAUUUAAAAUCUAGUGUCCCUUGAUUUGUUCAGCUUAAUCUGUGAAAAUACAAACAUAAUCAUGCUAUAGCUCCUUUGAAAUAAGAUGAUGGAAUGUUGCAAACACUGUAUUUCUGCCAAAGUUUGAGACUGAAAUUGCUUAUAUUAUGAAAUAGUGCAAUUGCUGGAAUCAACUUUCUUAUAGUAGCAUUAAGCAUUAUCAUCCUGUCUCUUUAUGCAUAACACAUGCAACACUGGCAGCACUCUGUUCUGGUUUUAUAUUUCAUAUGUAUACUUAAUUUUAUGUUAUCUUAUGCAAGAGUUAUGAUUGUAUGCUUAAUUAUAGACAUAAAUGGAACUUGAAAUGUAAAUAUACUAAUAGCAUUUUGUAGUUAUUGUUCUGUGCUAUUUUCAUAGAUUGGCUUUUAUAUCAAUAUUAGUUCAUGUUUUCCAGCCUCCAAGUAUUAGCCUGCAGUGAAGAGAACUCUUCAGAGUGACGGAAAAAUUUGCCUAAAACACAGUUAAUUUAAGAAAUUCUUUGGGCUCUAAAAAUGAUUCCCUUAAUAUUUUCAGGUAAUUAUGCAUUCAGGUGCUUUAAUUUUAUGCUAAUAAGGUAACAACCAUUACACUUUUGAUUUUCUUUGUAUUUCCCAAUGUAAUAUAAGUAACCCAUUUGUAUCGUGCAUUAGAACAUAGCUGAUCAUGUAAUUGGGGUCAAUAUUUUAUGAGUAUUUCCCAUUAUAAAUAAAUAUGAUUCACUGUA